AUGAGCUCAAAAGCAUUCAGUUUAGAGAAAGCAUUCAUUGCUAAUGUCACUGAAUGUUUUAGAUAUUUAGAUACAUUAAAUGUACCUAAAAUAUCAAAAACAUUAAAAGCACAGGAAAAAGCAUUAGCAAAAUCUUCAAGAAAUAAUAAUACAUUAAAAUCAACAUAUAGUGCCGCCACAAAUGUUUAUUGUAUUUUUCAAGAUCAAAUUUUACCAUGUAUAAAUGCAUUUUGUCAUUUACAUACAGUUAAAUUAAUGUCAAUAGCACAAAUUUUUCAUGAAAGAUUGGUUAAAUCAUUAAGUAAAGAAUUUUUUACAGAAGCAAGAGCACAACAUUAUAUUGGACUAUUUCAAUUCUUUCAAAAGACAUUGGAUUUCAUAUCAAUGGAUAAAAGAAAAAUGAUGUCUGAUGUGACACAAUUAUUAAUUAAUCAUUUAACUUUUUAUGUAGUUGACCCAGAUUCAGCAGUUGUAGGGUUAAUACCUUGUGAUGACCUUUUAAAUAAAAUUUCAAGAGAUUAUGAUAUGGCAAGAUUAGAUGAAAAAGAUAAUAAAGAUAAUAAAGAAAAAGAUAAAGAUAAAGAAAGCGAUAUAGAUAUUUCACCAUCACAGCAGCAACAACAAACACAACAACAACAACAACAACAACAAUUACAAUCAUCAACAACAUCAACAUCAUCAACAUCAUCAGCAUCAUCUCAGCCAUUAUUAUCACCAUCACAAUCUCACGCAUCACUUUCAGCAUUAUCAUUUUCAUCCUUGGCAUCGAUUAUAAAAUCAAAUGAGCCACAAAACAACAAUUAUAGAGACAGUACUGGUAGUAUAACUCAUCCAAUAUCAGCAUCAACAUCAUCUUCAUUUUUAAGUAGUAAUGGUAGUAAUAGUGGUAGUGGUGGUUUUUUAAAUAGUAAUAAUAGUAACAAUAUAAGUGGUGGUGGUGGAGGAGGAGGGGGAGGAGGAGGUGGGGGUAAUAUGCCACUUCCAAAUAUAUCAACAACUAGAUCAGGAUUAUUAAUGAAUAUUAUAAAUUGGAGUGCACUUGAUGAUGUUAAUCAAAUUGCAAAAUCAGUUAGACGUUAUGCAUCAUUAUUAAGAGGUUGUGAUAAAAUUAAAAAAGGUGAUUUAGUUAUAGUUAGAUUCAACCAAUUUAAUCAACAAAAUAUACAUAAAAAACAAUUUAUAGGUGGAUUUAAAUCAACACACAGUCAUAGUGUCUCUGAACAUAUUCACCAACAUGGUAGUGUUAGUUGUAAUAAUCUCUCAAAUUUAUUAUUAUCUCCAUCACAUUCCAGAAUUUCAACACAUUCAAAUUCAUCAUCAACUUCAACAAAUUCAAAUAAUACAGUCAAUAAUAAUCAUAACAACUCUACUAAUAAUAACAAUAAUAUAACAACACCAACAAUUAAUCAUAAAAGUUUAAUAACAUUGGAAGAACAUGUUGAAAAAAUAAUGUGUCCAAGUACAUUUAAUAAUUUUAGACCAAAGGCACAAUUUGCACGUUAUACAGGUGAGAGAGAAGAUUAUUAUAUUAAAGUUUACUUUUCAAGUGAAGAGAGUGAAGAGGUAUUGGUUGGAAUUGAGGAUGUACUAGUAUUGAAUAAAUCCACUAUGGAAGCUUUAAAAGAUAUAAAGUUAACUGACAAAUUGAUUAAUCAUCCCUCUGAGAAAUUCUUUCAACAAAUCAUUGAUGAAUCAAAACAUAUCAUUAUGUCAUCUAUGGAGAAUUUAGGUAUUGAUUUAGAUUUCAUUCAUUCGGUUGCACAAAAUUCAAAUCUAAUUAAUUUAGAUAGAAUUAAAACUAUGCAUACUUGUUUACAAUCUAUAAAUUCAAAUCCUGAUCACCCAAUUUUCAAAGAUCUUGAGAAACAAAUUGACCUACAAAUUGAUAAUUACCUUUGCCAACAAUUGGAUAUGAGAUUUAUGUAUAUACCAAGAUAUGAUUCAACUCUAAGUGAACUUCACAGUAGCUCCUAUUUACAAGUUGCUAAAUCAAAAACUAAAUUGGUCCUUCAAGAAUGUGAAAUUGCACUUGAUCGAUUAGGUAUCGAGAAGAAACAAUUCUUAAAUGGUAUUAAAAAAGAACAAAUAACAGAAUGGUGGUUAAAAAGAAUUGAAAAUCGUUGCAAUGAUUUCCUAUUAGAACGUGGUUACAACUUUUCUGCUGUACCUGAAAAUUAUAUUGAACAACCUCCAAAUAACAUUAAUGAUGUUUUCUCAAAUUUAAUGUUGGUCCAAAAAAUUUUAGAUCCACAAGAACAAUUAAUUGAAAUUAUAACAAUUGAUGAAAAACAACAAUUAUUAGAAAAACAACAACAACAAUCACAACAAAAUGAUACUAAGAGUAGUGAUUCUUCAAUAAUUACUAAAAGUAGUGAUUCAAUUUCAAUUAUUAAUAAUAAUAAUGGUAAUAAUAAAGAUACUAAAGAUAAUAAAUUAAAUCGUAGUGGUAGUAAUAGUAUUAGUAGUAGUCCAAUAGUUGGUAUACCAAGAUCACCUGCUAAAGAAAUUCCAAUUUUACAUAGUAGUGCUCAAAUUAUGUCACCAGAUAGUUCAUUAUCUGCAUCAUUACCAAUUACUUCUGCAUCAUUACCUGUCACAGUUUCUGAAACUUCAAAAUUAUCACCAAAACAAGAAAUGAUUGCAUCUGUUACUUCUGCUGCUGCUGAUUCUUCAAAUAAUAAUAAUAAUAAUAAUAAUAAUAAUAAUAAUAAUAAUAAUAAUAAUAAUAAUAAUAAUAAUAAUAAUAAUAGUAAUAAUAAUAAUGAUAGUCUAAAUAAUAAUAAUAAUAUAGAACAACCAAAUUGUUUAACAUUAUCAAAUAGAUUUAUAAGUUCACCAAUACCAUUAAUUAAAGAAUUAAAGAAAGAAAUUUAUCCAGUAAUUCAUGAUUUUAUAAAGAAAUGUCAUAUUAUAUUAUGUGACCAAUUUGGAUUAGUAGAAUAUUCAGCAGAAAAAGUUAAACAAUUUAUUAGAGAUCGUUCAAAACCAUCUAUUGAUACAAUUGCAAUGGGUUAUUUAGAGGAUAUGGUAUCAGAUUUAGAUUAUUUAGCAGAGAUGGAAAGAUUAGAAGAUGCUAAAAGUGAAAAAUCAUUACAUAUUGUACCAAUUGGUGGAUUGGUUAUGGGUUUAUUUGCACGUUUAGAAAAUGAAUUAAAUACUGUUAUGGAAUUAUGGAAUGAAGGCUCUGAUGAUGAUGAAAAUGAUGAAAUUACCUCACCUAUAACAUCAUCAUCCUCGUCAAAUAAUAACGCCACAUUAUCUUUAGAUGGCAGUGGUGGUGUUUUAACAUUAACAGUUACAAAGAAACAACCACAAAGAUUUGAUGAAGGUAAAUCACUACUUCAUGUUACAAUUAAUACUGACGAUGUUGACCAAGUUGAAAAAGUAUUACUCACAGAAGCCUACUCAAUUAAUGAUGUUGAUGUGAAUGGUUGGACACCUUUACAUAGUGCAUGUUGUUUAGGAAAUGCAGAUAUUUGUAAGCUUUUAUUAGCCAUUGACGAUAUCGAUGUAAAGUUAAAGAAUAAAGAUGGUGCUUCAGUACUUCAUUAUUUGGUUAGACAUCCAUUAACAGAAAAGAGAAAAGAGGCAAUUCUUUCAAUUAUUGCCAAAGGUUUAGAUAUUAGCGUAGGUAGUAGACAUGGUGAAACACCAUUACACUCUGCUUCAUUUAGAGGUCAUAAUGAUGUAGUUUUGUUUUUAAUUCAAAAUGGUGCCAACAUAAAUGCAAUCACUGCCGGUAAAGAAACAUCACUCCAUUAUGCAGUCACGGCCGGUAGAGCUCAAAUCGUGUCUACCUUACUUCAAAAUGGUGCUCAAUGGAAUAUCAUUUCAAAAAGAGGUACUCCUUUAGAUUUAGCAAAGAAUUCUCGAUUAACUAAUAUCGUUCAACUACUAGAGAAUGGUCCUGACGUUAAUAAUUUCGAAUGGAGAAAACAAAAUAAAUCUCUACUUCAACAACAAAAAGAAAUGCAAAUUCUAAAACAACAAUUACCAAAAGUUACAAAACAUCAAAAUUAUCACGAAUAUCGUAAUAAUCAAGAAGAAUUUAAUCAACAAUUAAAUUUACAUCAAACUCAAUCAUCUUUACCAAAUUUAAAUAAUUUAAAUUUAAAUGGUGGUGUUAAUAAUAAUGUUAAUAAUAUUAAUAAUAUUAAUAAUAAAAAUAAUAAUAAUAAUAUUAAUAAUAAUAAUACUGUAAAUAAUAAUAAUAAUAAUAUUAAUAAUAAUAAUCAAAAUAUAAAUAUAAAUAAUAAUAAUAUUGUGGUCAAUAAUAAUGACAAUAAUAUUAAUGUGAAUAGUAAUAAUAAUAAUAAUUGUAAUAAUUUAAAAAACAACAAUACUAAUAAUAAUAAUAAUAAUAAUAAUAAUGGUUCAUCAACUGUUGUUAUUCAACCAAUUAGAAGGGGUAAAAUAGCAAUAGGUGGCUCAAGAGUUGGUUUAUCAUCAGCUACAAAUAUAAAUUCAACCGAUUCAAGUAUAAAUAAAAAUAAUAAUAAUAAUAAUAAUAAAAAUAAUAAUAGUGUUAUUUUAGAAAGCAAUAUUAUUAACACUAAUAAUAAUAAUAUCGAUAAUAAUAAUCAUGAUAAUGAUAAAGAUAAACAACAAGCAUCAAAUUCAAUACAACCAUCCUCUCUUAUCAAUACUAAUACUAAUAAUAAUAAUAAUAAUAAUAAUAAUAAUAAUAAUAAUAAUAAUAAUAAUAGUGAUAGUAACAAUAAUUUUUUAGAAACUUUAUCUCAAUUCCCAGUUGUACCGAAUACAAAUAAUAUAACACCUAAAAAAUAA